AUGCUCGAGAAGGUUAGGGGUUCCGGUUCGUCCAGGCCAUGGGCGAGAUCUGGAGGUUCCUACCUCUUUACUAUCGACUCCGACCAGCUCGUUGAGUUUGAGCCCGAAGAGUUCUUCAUUGAUUCAACUCUGAGCAACACAGUCCCCGUUGUAACGGAUAGCGCAGUUGGAAUCAUCAGAAUCGAGACCGAGGAUGGUGAAGCGCAUCCCAAUAGACAUUUCGAGGUUUUAACAUGUCCAAUACGCCAGUGGAACUAUUUUACAACUUCCGAAAUCCGAUCAUUGGGUCCAUUCUGUUUGAAAACGUUGUCUCCAAAACACUCGGACUUGCUAGACGCGGAUACCAGAAACCUGUACGCUUGCGAAUAUAAUGUUCCGGACUUCCUCGUUGCGCUUUGCUGGAUCACCUCCAGAGCGAGAUAUAUGCAUGGAUAUCCUGGAUGGUCGUGGCUCGCUUGGAACGGGCCAGAUCCGGUAACUUUGGACCUUCGGGAUGUCUCUCAACUAACUCAAUACGCCGCCAAGAUUAACCAGCAAUGGGACGACAAGACCGGACAGUUUUCCGCGGCGUUUGAACAUGAAACUAAGACUGAUCCGGAUGCGCUGUCCACCCAAGCAACCCUAGUACCCUGGGAGACGUUCCAGCUAGAAUACGGGAAUGGCAUUACUCAAUCGAUACUGUCUGACUAUCUCCAUAUCUACGCCUGGAUGGUAGACCUGCGCAUCCUGUCCGCUCCGUUCAAGACGGACGACUGGAAGGGAGAGGUGAGGAUCGUGGCCGAGGACGAUGUUACUGGGAUCCCUAUCGAUGUAUGACUCCCCGGGAUAUCGAAAAUGGAGUCGGUCGGUUUUAUAUUUAUCGGUAUUCUAGCGUGCCGAUACGACUUCCACAUCAGAAAUUUUAGCCCUGCACUUCUGAUCUUUGCUCGAAGCGAGCAUUCUUCAAGCGUGUAGGGGUUGAAAUUCUGGGAACGGACGACAUGAGAGAUGAUGUACUAGAUCAUGCAACAAAUCGAAGUAUUCGGGUAGGAUGAAGCCGAUCCCACUGGACGGAGGGUAGUCUAUAGGUAGAUCUCAAGGUUAUAAAAUGCGUAGUUAUUGG